AUGGCGAUUGGACUGAAGUCGACAAGAUUAUUGUUAAACCUUUUGUAAAAAACCAAAAAAGUUUUAUGUAUGCAGUAUAUAAACAGCAAUAUCUUGAGUAUAUCGAGUAUCAAGAGAUACAAAAGAAUCAUAUUGUUACUGGAGGCUAUGAUAAGACCGUUAGACUUUACGAUGUUUCUACCGGUAAAUUGGUACGCCCUGUAACAAGAUUUAAAGGACAUCAGAAUACUUCAAAAAAUUUUAUUAAAGCUGGAUUUGCAAACAAACCAUUAAUUGUUGGAGGAUCAGAGGAUACUGGAGAAGUAUUGCAAAAAUUGCGAGGGCAUGCUGGUAUAGUCUAUGAUACAAUUUGGAAUCCCAAACAAAAUUUAUUUGUCAGUUGUAGUGAUGAUAAAACCUUAAAGUCUUGGUGUUAUGAUGAAAAUUUGCCACUAGAGUUGUGA